UAGUUAUUCAUUAAGGUAUCAAUGAUAUUAACUUUUCCAUUGGAUUUCGAAAUCAAAACAAGUGAUUAAUUUUAAAAUUCUUGAAUCUUAACCACAAAGAAAUACACAAUAAUAUCUGAUUCUAAUUAUACAGCCAAAACACGUGUCCAGGUGAGAAAGGAUGCCAUAAAAAAUCAAGAACCAAUUGAUGAACACCAAAUAAUAAAGAGAAGAAACAAAUAAAACAAAUCAAAUUUGGUUUGAGUGCCGAAAAAAGAAUGAAAUAAUACAUUAACAAAAUGGGUAAAAUAGAGAAUCUAGCACGGGGUCCACAUGAGCUAAAACGGUGGAGAAGUCCGUCGUUUGAAUGUCGAAUAAAAAGGAGGAGACGUUUUUCCCUCUGCAAUAGAACCUCUCUCUCUCGGGUGUCUGUGUUAUCAAGUGUUGAAACGACAGAGAGGGACGCCGUUUCGUGGAGAACGGAAAGAGAUGUCAGGUCUCGAGAAUAUCAAGAACGAGAAUGUUGAUCUGGAAAAAAUUCCAAUUGAGGAAGUUUUCCAGCUGUUAAAAUGUACAAGUGAAGGGUUAACGACGCAGGAAGGGGAUGACAGGAUCCAGUUAUUUGGCCCCAACAAGCUCGAAGAGAAGAAGGAAAGCAAGAUUCUCAAGUUUCUGGGGUUCAUGUGGAAUCCGCUUUCAUGGGUUAUGGAAGCUGCGGCUAUCAUGGCCAUUGCUUUGGCCAAUGGUGAUGGCAGACCUCCUGAUUGGCAAGAUUUUGUUGGUAUCAUCUGUCUGCUUGUUAUCAACUCCACUAUCAGUUUCAUUGAAGAAAACAAUGCUGGUAAUGCUGCAGCUGCUCUCAUGGCUGGUCUUGCUCCUAAAACCAAGGUUCUUAGGGAUGGAAAAUGGAGUGAACAAGAAGCUGCUAUACUUGUCCCAGGUGAUAUUGUUAGCAUUAAACUUGGAGACAUCAUCCCAGCCGAUGCCCGUCUUCUCGAAGGUGAUCCUUUAAAGGUUGAUCAGUCUGCUCUAACCGGAGAGUCUCUCCCUGUGACCAAGCACCCUGGUCAAGAAGUUUACUCUGGUUCAACUUGCAAGCAAGGAGAAAUCGAAGCAGUUGUUAUAGCUACAGGAGUCCGCACCUUCUUUGGCAAAGCUGCUCACCUUGUGGACAGCACUAACCAAGUUGGCCACUUCCAGAAAGUUCUCUCGUCCAUUGGAACCUUCUGUAUCUGCUCAAUCGCUACCGGUAUGGUGAUCGAAAUAAUCGUCAUGUACGGUAUUCAAAAAAGGAAGUACAGAGAUGGAAUUGACAACCUCCUGGUCCUCUUGAUUGGUGGUAUCCCCAUCGCUAUGCCGACGGUGCUGUCCGUGACUAUGGCUAUUGGCUCUCACAGGCUGUCUCAGCAAGGUGCCAUCACCAAACGUAUGACUGCCAUAGAAGAACUGGCGGGGAUGGAUGUCCUGUGCAGUGACAAAACCGGGACGCUAACACUCAAUAAACUGAGUGUGGACAAGGACUUGGUCGAGGUUUUCUGCAGGGGAGUUGAGAAAGGUCAAGUCUUAUUAUUUGCAGCCAUGGCUUCUAGGAUUGAGAACCAGGAUGCUAUUGAUGCAGCCAUGGUUAAUAUGCUUGGUGAUCCAAGGGAGGCCCGAGCUGGGAUCAAGGAGGUUCACUUCCUUCCAUUCAACCCUGUGGACAAGAGAACUGCUUUGACUUACAUCGACUCUGAUGGUAACUGGCAUAGAGUCAGCAAAGGUGCUCCUGAGCAGAUCCUCGAUCUUGCUAAUGCCAGGCCUGCCCUUAGGCAGAAGGCACUCGCUACUAUUAACAACUACGCAGAGCGCGGUCUUAGGUCAUUGGCAGUUGCUCGUCAGUUGGUCCCUGAGAAAACAAAAGAAAGCUCAGGUGGACCAUGGGAGUUUGUUGGCUUGUUGCCUCUCUUUGACCCUCCAAGACAUGACAGUGCUGAAACCAUUCGUAGGGCUUUGAACCUUGGUGUUAACGUUAAGAUGAUUACUGGUGAUCAACUUGCUAUUGGUAAGGAAACUGGUCGCAGGCUUGGGAUGGGAACCAAUAUGUAUCCAUCUGCGGCUCUUCUCGGUACCGACAGGGACUCAAACAUGGCCUCCGUUCCUAUUGAGGAGUUGAUUGAGAAGGCUGAUGGGUUUGCUGGCGUCUUUCCAGAGCACAAAUAUGAGAUUGUGAAAAAGCUGCAAGAGAUGAAACACAUUGUUGGAAUGACUGGUGAUGGUGUCAAUGAUGCUCCUGCUUUGAAGAAAGCUGACAUUGGUAUUGCUGUGGCCGAUGCUACUGAUGCUGCUCGUGGUGCUUCUGAUAUUGUUCUCACCGAACCUGGUUUGAGUGUUAUCAUCAGUGCAGUGCUCACUAGCAGAGCUAUCUUCCAGAGAAUGAAGAACUAUACAAUUUAUGCAGUCUCAAUCACAAUCCGUAUUGUUUUUGGUUUCAUGCUCAUUGCUCUGAUAUGGGAAUUUGACUUCUCAGCCUUCAUGGUUCUGAUUAUUGCCAUCCUUAAUGAUGGUACUAUCAUGACAAUUUCAAAGGAUAGAGUCAAGCCAUCUCCAACACCUGAUAGCUGGAAGCUCAAUGAAAUCUUUGCCACUGGAAUUGUGUUGGGAGGCUACCAAGCCGUUAUGAGUGUGAUUUUCUUCUGGGUGAUUCACAAGACUGACUUCUGCUCGGACAAGUUUGGUGUGAGGUCAAUCAGGGACAAUAACGAUGAACUAAUGUCUGCUGUGUACCUACAAGUUAGUAUCAUCAGUCAAGCGCUUAUAUUCGUCACGAGGUCAAGGAGCUGGUCAUUCGUUGAACGUCCUGGGGCGCUUCUGAUGAUUGCAUUCGUCAUUGCACAACUGGUUGCUACUUUGAUUGCAGUGUAUGCAGACUGGACUUUUGCAAAGGUGAAGGGUAUAGGUUGGGGAUGGGCUGCUGUGAUUUGGGUUUACAGUAUUUUAACAUACAUCCCACAAGACAUUUUGAAGUUUGCCAUUAGAUACAUCUUGAGUGGAAAGGCUUGGAUCAGCAUGUUUGACAAAAGGACCGCUUUGACGACCAGGAGAGAUUACGGUGCUGGAGAAAGACAAGCUGAGUGGGCAAGAGAACAAAGGACGCAGCACGGUCUGCAGACAAGGCAAGAGGUCAACGUCUUCCCAGAGAACGGGGGUUACAGAGAGCUGUCUCAGAUCGUUGAGCAAGCUAAGAAAAGGGCUGAGAUAGCUAGGCUUAGGGAGAUUCACACAUUUAAGGGACAUGUUGAAUCAGUCGCAAAGCUAAAGGGCUUGGACAUUGAUACAUCAGGACAUCACUACACUCUGUAGUUGCCAUAUCUAUUCCCAAAAACUCUCUUUUUUCUAUUGUUAGUCAUUGUUCCUAAACUUCUAAAAUAGAGCUUUGCAUUUGCAAGAAACAAGGCUUUUGACUUGGACUACAUCCUUUUCAAUGGCCUAAUGUGAACCUGUUACUCUCUCGUUUUCGUUUUCUGUUUUUUUAAUAAAUUCCAUCUUUGAUAUAUUUUAUUUGAAUCAUGUUAUUCAGUGCCAUUCUAAAAUGUUACUAGUAUAUAUUUAUGCUUAUGUAGAAAGAUCAGGAUGUCUAACUUGUGACAUGCAUUGAGAUUGUCGUGAGGUUGGACAAGUCACAAUAACUUCAAGUAUGAAGACACGUGUAAAAGAUAUGGAUGAUGACUUCAAAUCAUAUCACUUGCUCUUUGUAACGUGAUAGGAAGCUCUAGCAUGGCAUUGUUCCUUGAAGUGUCAUUUCGCUUUAUUUUUACUCCUGUUGUGGACCUGUGGUGUCAAAUUACAAAGAGAAAGUGAUAUCAUCAUCGUCAUCAUGAUCAUAGAAUCUUGUUUCUAGAAUUUUGGAAGAACAUGUAGAAUCCUCAACAGGGGGAAGAUAAUAGCUUCUGUAGCAAGAAAUGUUUC